CGUGAUCUGAUGGAUUUAAAGCUUUUAUUUUAUUUUGCUGGAUAAAGAUUAAUCUCGUUCGAAGAAAAUUGAUUUUUUUGUCGUUAAUCUGUGACUCAGGGGUAGGAUCCACCCGGGAUUAAAACGACUGGUAUGACGUGACGGCCAGUGUUAAUUUGUAUCAAAAUCACCAGGGGAAAGCAACACCUGGGUCCACGUAGUACGUUCCCAACCAUGAGGAGGUGACAGCCAGAUAACUCUGCUGCUAGGUCUUGCUGCUUGGACAUAUGGCAAGGAUCACUUUCUCAUGCCUGCCAGCCUCCUGGUACUGCAGUGUGUCCUUGCUGUCUCUGGGUUGUGUGCCCAGGCAAAGGGCCUUCUUCCUGGUGUUCCUCACCUGCUCUGCCCUGGUUUUCCUGGGGGUCUACCAGACUGAGCUCUGGGGGCCCCAGCGCCACAGGGGACACGUCAACAAAUACCUCUCAUCUGUGGAGACCAUGGAGGCGACUGAUGUCACCAACGCAGCUCUAAACUAUGGGAUCAUGGUGGACUGUGGCAGCAGCGGCUCCAUGUAUGUGUACUACUGGCCCCACCAUGGAAACCUCCACACCCUGCUGGACAUCAGGCAGAUGAGGGACCACGACCGUCACCCUGUGGUCAAGAAGAUCAAACCUGGUAUUUCCACCAUGGCGCUGAGCCCAGCCAAGGCCAGUGACUACCUCCACCCCCUCCUUUCCUUCGCUGCCACCCAUGUCCCCAGGAAGAAACACAAGGAGACUCCUCUCUAUAUCCUCUGUACUGCUGGCAUGAGACUGCUUCCUGAGAGUCAGCAGGCUGCUAUCCUGGAGGACCUGGUAAGAGAUGUUCCAGUGGAGUUUGACUUCCUGUUCUCCAGCUCCCAUGCAGAGGUGAUCUCUGGGAAACAGGAAGGUGUGUAUGCAUGGAUUGGUAUUAACUUUGUGUUGGGACGCUUUGACCAUGCCGCUUCGUUGAUGAUGUCGCUUGUUUAUGAUGCAAUGGUGGAGGUCACUACAGGGUCACAGAACCAUCACCCAAUUAGCCGGCGGCGUACAGUGGGCAUCAUGGACAUGGGCGGAGCCUCGCUGCAGAUAGCCUAUGAGGUGCCUAGCGCGGUCCACUUCAGUUCACCUGAACAGGAGGAGUCGGGGAAGAGCCUGCUGGCAGAGUUUAACCUGGGCUGUGAUUCAGAGCACACGCAGCACGUCUACCGUGUAUAUGUCACCACAUUCCUGGGCUUCGGGGGAACAUGGCUCGACAGCUACGAAGACCAGCUGGUCAACUCCACCAUCACCAAGAACAGGCUGACAGGCGAUCAGACAGGCAUGAUGGAAGCCACUCCCCUUGCAGACCCAUGCCUCCCUGUCGGCCUAUCAGACGUGGUGCGUCGGGACGGCCGUGCGGUUCACCUGAGAGGGCAGGGGGACUGGGCGCGGUGCCAGGGGGCAGUCAGGCCUUUCCUGGGUCUCCACAAUGGCACCAUGGGAUCCCCCAGGGGGGUGUACCAGGCCCCCAUCGACUACAGCAACUCAGAGUUCUACGGCUUCUCUGAGUUCUUCUACUGCACUGAGGAUGUACUGAGGAUGGGGGGACCAUACGACAGCGCUAAGUACUCCAAGGCUGCCACGGACUAUUGUGCCACCAAGUGGUCAACCCUCACCAAGCGUCUGGACAGCAAGCUGUUCUCUAAACAAGCAGACUCCUCCAGACUGAAGUACCAGUGUUUUAAGUCAGCCUGGAUGUUCCAGGUGCUCCACUCAGGCUUCAGGUUCCCUAAGGACUACCCCAGCCUGAAGACUGCUCAGCUGGUCUAUGACAAGGAGGUGCAGUGGACCCUGGGAGCCAUCCUGUUUAAGACGCGUUUCCUGCCUCUCAGGGACCUCCAGGCAGAGUCAUUUAAACAGAGCCACUCCAACUGGCUGCGUUCCUCCUUCGUCUACAACCACUACCUGUUUUUUGCCUGUAUCCUGGUGGUCCUGCUGGCCAUUCUGCUGUACAUCCUCCGCCUCCGCAGGAUCCACCAGCGAGAACAGAGGCAGGCAGAGGCCCUGGACCUGCUCUGGGUGGAGGAGGGGGAGGCUCUUCUGGCCUGAUCCAGGAUCAGUUUAGACUCAGAAUCUUUCUUGACCUGAGGCCUUGGGUGUGGGGGGGGGUUACUGAUCUAGGAUGAGUCGAGAUGCUCUCAGUAACUGGUGUUCAUAGCCUGGUAUGCACAGCUCUAGGACCAACCUUUCACCCUCUGAGUUGUAGGCUUGACUGGGGCUCUAUUUGUUAAGAGGCACUGAUCUAGGAUCAGAUUAUCAACCCGCAAAUCAUGACCUUGACUGGGACCAACGCCUGUUGGGACAAUGAUCUAGGACCAGCUUAGUCACGCUGAAUCAUAACGUUGACUAUUGGCUAGAAAUGCAAUAGCAACGUCAUCCUACAACGAAGGUUUUAAUUAUGGGGGUGCUGGACACUCCCGUUUCUUACAAAUCUUUACACCCCAGAUACAGAUAUCAACGUUGACCUGACCGUGAGCACCCUCGUAAAACAGAAAAUAUCAACCAAGGUCCAAAUCACUAUUUAUAGUAACCUCUGACCUAGAGUGUUGAAACAUAAGUAGGAGGGGCCAUGUAACCGGAACCUUCAAAAGGGGGAGGAGAAUUGCAGGAUGUGGGCGAAACAUCAUGAAGGGAGAACUAGAUCGUUAAAACAACGAAACAGGAGAAUCCCAACAGGUGAAGGACUGAGGACCGAGCCAUUCUAUUUCUAUUGGAGAUAAUUCACUGUUGCAGAGGGACCACUGUGUUGGACAUUUUGUGUGAAGGAAGGUGAAGCUUGACAUCUGAGGCUGAAGUUGCCCUUAACCACAGAUCUAGAAUCAAGUAACUUACUCCUAAUCCUAACAUUAACCAUGAGGGGGAUGCAAAUAAAAUCUGACCCUGUAUCUGUGGUUAGUGGUAACUUCUAGCUACUCUUUGACGAAAAGGGUGCCUCUAUGAUUGUCUGUUUUGGACAGUAUUGUAACCAUGAUGAUAGUUUCUAUCUGACCAGUAUACUUCCUGUAAGUCUCACAAACAGGAAGUGCAUUAAUUCCUUAAUAAUCCCACUGUGGGAAUGCUUUUGUAUUGAAAAACUACAAUCAGGAAUCAAACAUGGGGCGGCAGGGAGCCUAGUGGUUAGAGUGGAGGGGUGGCAGGGAGCCUAGUGGUUAGAGUGGAGGGGCGGCAG